GUCAAUCCAAAACCCCUUUUUCUCUCUCAACUUGACGACUAGGGUUUCUUCUUCUCCUUGCCGCCGUUGGUGUGGCCUCUCGCCCACCGGCGAGAAUCUUCCUCUUUCUCCCUCCUCUUCCUUUCUUCUAUGGCUUUAGUGAUGCUUGCUCGGGCUCCUGCUCCACCUUUGCUCCUCCCUUCUCCGAAUCCGCCGCCGUGUGCUCUACCGCAAGAUUUGACCAGUUUGGUCUCUCCUUCUGAACCUCCCGACCCUCCAGACCCACCAGACUAUCUCGUUGGAGCUUCCAACUCCUUUCUCUCGAUUUUGCUGUUGAGGUCUUCAGAUCUAGGAUCAGAUCUUGUUCAGGCUUUGAGCCCUCUAGAUCUGGGUUUUGCUUUACGAUCUAUUACUGCUGUGUGCAGUUCGUGGUACCAAGUAUUUCCUCUCGCUUGUUUGGAGCUUUGGUUCUCUAUUCCACACCUCUCUCAUCCUCUAGUCACUCUAUCAAAAGGUUUUGUCUCUCUGAAAGGAUAAAGGAAAAGACAUAUGACGUCUUAACAAGAAAUGAUCUUGGGUCUUGGACUCCAGAUUUGUUCAUCGAGAAGUGGUGGUUUUCGCAACCCCACACCUCUCCGAAAUUGAGGUUUUUCUCACAUCUCGUAGGCUCAAGAAGUUGGUGCUUUGUCGCCUAUGCUAUCGUAGCCGUAUUUCAUGAUGCGUUUUAUCCACUAGAGGAUGUUGCAUCUCCGGACAGCAGAUCACCAUGUGUGCUCUCUUAUUUCCGAAAGCUCAUCUCAUGUUUCAGCACUAUUGGUAUCUUCAACUUUAGUUGCUUAACUGUUAUGUAUGCUUCUAUCUUUUUCUUUCGUGCUUUCCGUAUGCCAUUUGUAGCAGUGGUUUCUUUGGCCUUUGUAGCCUCUUUGAUGUACUUGUUGAACCAUUUCUCCAUUGUUGGAGAGUAGAAUCAUUUAUAAAAAGCUAGUUUGACC